AUGGCGCCAACUGGUGAGGUUGUACCACCCAUCAUGAUCACCACUGCGGCAGACCUAUCGAAUGCAUCGACCAAACUCCCAUCGCCAGCACCAGAGAAGAAGCGGCGCGGCCGUCGCGGUGGACGCAAAACCAAUGCGGUCGAUAUGGUUGGCUCCAACCCGAAGAAAUCAUUGUUACUAGACGAGCUGGGCGAUGCAUUGGUUGAGCAGCUCUACAGCACCUCCAAACUAGACGACCCCUUGAAUUCCUCCAUCUCGAGCGUCCCAGUCGUGGAUCACCGCCGCGGCAACCUCACCACCGCCCUUACAACCUCGUCAUCGGCCAGUUCAAGAAGCAGCAGUAGCCGCACCUUGACCGGGAUCGAGAGCACUCCGCCCACGAGCUUAGACGACCGUGAUUCGCAUGAUAUCAGUCUUUUGCCUCCGUCCACCGUGGUUCCAACACUCGGCCGUCAAUAUCAGUCCAGCAGAGAAUCCCUCCAGAUGAGCCUCCACGACGAGAGCAGCAGCAGCAGCAGCAGCAACAGCAGCAAUCACCAGAACACAAAUGGUCGCCCACAGGGGGAUGUUUUCUGUCUAGACGAUUUCACCACAAUGACAGCCAUCCAGAGAUUAACGGCCCAGUUUGGUCGCGUUGCACACAUGGGAAUCAUGGAUCGCAGUUAUCGAUUCUUCGUCAAUACAUCCCGCACAGCGGCGCUGUCUUUUAAGAUCCACAACCGGGUGGCCAUCGUUGGAGGAGAUCCGCUUUGCGAGCCCGAAAUGAUUCUGGGGUUGUUAGAAGAAUUUGCUUCCUACCGACAUCGGCAUCACUGGGGGAUCGCCUUCAUGGGUGCAAGCGAGCACUUCGUGAAGCACUAUGCCCAACCACAGGGCUGGGCGACGAUUCGAUUUGGCACGGAGCGCGUGCUCAACCCCCAGACUAACGAGGUUCUACUCGAGCGUGGCGGCAAACGGAUCGCCGUCCAAACCCGCCAAUUACUCAAUCCGCACAAAGGGGCCACCUCGCUCGGUGUAUAUGCCCCAGCCGUACACGGCACCGAUGCCCAGCUACAGGCAGAGCUAAUCGCAGUGUAUGAUACUUGGCGUGCUGAACGCAACCAUGCCGCGGGCCCACAGGCUUUCAUCACAGUAUAUGACCCUUUCGCGCUACCCACCCUAAUGACCUUCGUGUAUAGCCGCGGGCCAGACGGGCAAAUCAGUGGCUUUGCCGCAUUGCGCAAGCUCGGCUGUGGCGGAUAUCACGUCGAUCCGUGCAUCGCAGCCCCGGGUAGCCCGAAGGGUAUCAGUGACUUACUGAUUGUUGCUGCCAUGGCCCUGCUGCACCGCGCGAGCGCCUCGUACCUAGGCUUCGGCUUCGAGCCAGUGCACUCACUUUCUCCCGAGGAUAUUUCCGGUAUACCAGGACCACUGGCAAAGCUCACCCGCGACCUAUACAGCCACACAUUCCAUAGGCUUCCUAUUCACGGCAAGAAGGCGUAUCAUGAUAAAUUUCGCCCGGAUUCCCUCCAAGAUUCGGGUCUAUACCUUGUCUUCCCGGCUGGCAUGCCGGGACCUCGUCAUCUGCUGGCGAUGAUUCAUAUGGCCAAUAUCAGUCUACGCAAGAUCUUGUGGGCGGAUUUCCGGGCGUGGGUUGCGGCCCGGAAAUCAAAAUCAUCCGCUUCAAGCCAACAACCCGCGCUCACAGAUUCACCGAAUCAUCUACUUGCUGGAAAUGGUUGA